GGACGGACGGGAGGGCCGCGCCGUAGUCCCAGCGCGUGGAUUCAGUCCUCAUGGCGGCGCAGGCGGGCACAGCCCCCGAGGACGACACCUCCGCUGUCCUAGACGAGCUGUCUCGGAACUUCACAUACUGGGCACCAGGCCCGGGCAACGGCUCGCUGUCGAGCGCCUGGUAUCGCAGAAACCAGAUUCACCUUUUUGGAGUUUUGCUGGCCAUUUUAGGAAACCUGGUUAUCAGCAUUUCCCUAAAUAUCCAGAAAGAGCACCCAAAGCCAUACUUUAAGAGUGUGCUUUGGCUGAGUGGAGUCCUGCUGACAGCCGUAGGAGAGACAGGCAAUUUCGCAGCCUAUGGGGUUGCCCCCAUCACUCUGAUCGCACCACUGGGGUGCAUGUCAGUUACAGGUAGUGCCAUAAUUUCUGUUAUAUUUCUAAAAGAAAAUUUGAGAGCCUCGGAUUUACUAGGUAUGACACUAGCAUUUGCAGGAACAUAUUUAUUGGUGAAUUUUGCUCCAAAUAUCACCCAGGCUAUCUCAGCAAGAACAGUACAGUAUUACUUUGUUGGCUGGCAAUUCCUGGUCUAUGUGAUUUUAGAAAUCCUAGUUUUCUGCAUCCUUCUGUAUUUCCAUAAAAGGAAAGGAAUGAAGCACAUUGUGGUCCUGCUCACCCUGGUGGCACUCCUUGCCUCGUUGACUGUGAUUUCUGUGAAGGCUGUCUCGGGCAUGAUCACUCUUUCUGUGACGGGUAAAAUGCAGCUAACUUAUGCCAUCUUCUACAUCAUGCUUGUCAUCAUGAUAGCCUCUUGCGUUUUCCAAGUCAAGUUCCUGAAUCAAGCCACAGAACUCUACACAAUGACCACAGUGGUGCCGGUAAACCAUGUUUUCUUUACAACCAGCGCUAUCAUCGCAGGCAUCAUAUUUUACCAGGAAUUCCUUGGUGCUGCUUUUCUCACUGUAUUUAUAUAUCUUUUUGGGUGUUUUCUGUCAUUCCUUGGAGUAUUUUUAGUGACAAGAAAUAGAGAAAAGGAACAUCUACAACAGUCUUUUGUUGACUUUGGAAAUAUUCCUGGGAAACAAAUGUUGGACAAAGUACAACCAGAUUCAAAUGGCUUAUCCUAUGGAACCUUGCCUGAUGGAGGCGACUCAACAAGGGGCCAAUGUGGAGAGAAGAAAGAAUCCUAGGUUGACAAGAAGGAUGGCUGUUGGCCUGCUAUUCAAUACCACCUUUUAAAGGAUUGCACAUGUUCGUUCUGUGUCAGCAGCUAUUUCAUGCUGACAUGUGUGCACAUUAGAUUCACUUCUUUCCCCCACUGUAGACAAUCAGGGCCUUCCUAAUCUCUAACAGUCUAAUGCUUUCAUGGAAUGUAACUGCGAGUGCUCCCCACACCCUGCAUCUCUCCCUAGCAAUCAUCUAGCUGGAUCUUAAUGAGAGCCUGGCUGCUGGAGCAAGAAUGUCACACAAAAAUGUGCACUCGAGAUCUGGCCAUAGAAGGUAGAGGUUGCUUCUCCAUGUGGCUUGCAGAAUGUGCUUGUUGGCUUCAAAAACACCCUCUCACACUACAACCUUAGUCUUUAAAGGAAGAUUUGAUGUGCUUGUCCUUGGGCGCCUUCUAUGAACCUCUCUUAAGGAACUGACUCCUUUUUCCCUGUUGUAUGGCAAGUCACUGUCUCAGCCAAUUCUAUUAAAAAUCUUCCUUUGAAAAUAAAGAGCCUCAUUACAAAAUUAAGUUUACAGGGUUGUUCUGUAAUGGCAUCUGCUAAAAACUCUAAGACUGCUAGUGACAUUCUAUAGGGGGAGCAUUUACAACAUAUGACUGUGCUCACCUCUGAGGCAUAUAGACUACAAUUCAAACAACACACAUAUUAUCACGGUCUCUGCAUGAGUAAAGUGUUAAAAUAGCUAAAACUCUAGAAUGGUAGCAUUUUCUCCAGCCUACACAGAAACUCAAGAAAAACUGUCAUAUGCCUUAAAUUGUUACACAUCCUAUACUUUAUCAGUGGGUUUCUACAUCUUAACUUAUGAUACAAGUCUCAAAAUGGUAUUUAGUUUCUUAAGAUAUUUAUACUGCACACUGUUUCCCCCCCCCCAAGUCCUCUAAAUUUUUCUCCUUUUUCUAGAAAAGGAAAAUCAGAGUUAGAGAAGAGGGUUUCAGCUCCUUGAAUCUGGCCAUAGAAUAUAGCCAUGAGGUAAAACCUGAGCAUAGGUGGCCUGUGUCCCCAUGACUCUGUGACCACCUGCCAUGUCUAACAUAAUGAUGUUUCCUCAUGCUCGUGGGCCUGAGUACCAGAGGCUUUGCACAAAGAUCUCUGGCUAGGCCUGGUGCGAGGGUUCCGGUGAAGGGAAUCGAGUGUGGGCAGGGAGGGGACAAAUUUAUUGUAACCAAAUAAGAAGGCUCAUCCUUAAUGAUAUUUUAAAGCCUCGGGUCACUCAAACCAGGUCACUCAAGAAUUGUGUUUGUGCAUGGUGCUAAACCCAGAGCUAAUGAAAUACCAACCUGAACUAUUUCUAGUCUUUUAAUUUUUCCUAUUAUAACCUGAACUCCCGACCAAAUUGGAAUAUCCCAAAGCCCACGCAUAGUUUCUGAACUCUGGAUAGCUAUCAGCAAUUCCUCCACCUUGAAAAUUAUCCAUUGAUCUAGCUGCUACAGUCAUAUAAUUAACAAUGUUUUACUGAGUGGGGGCAGUGUGUUGGCUCUGAGAGGUUCAGCUAUGUUAUGUAUCCAGUGCCUUGAACUAUGUGUUUCUAGUAAAUCUUGACAUUGGUUUCAAAAAUUGGGAAAAGGGUUUUACUUGAACUAUAGGACCAUAUUCGUAGCUACAGCACCUAGUUGUGAGCACUGUAGAAUUUUGCAGAGAGAAACUUAACAAUGGUUUGUUUGUACCCUCCAACAUUUAUACUGAUGGUUUGAAGAAAAGAAAUUUAUGCAAUACAGGGAUGCUUUUGAAAUCAAGAUUACACAUAUAAUGUAUUCAGACCUAGUUUCACUGAAUAUGGUGCACCAGACAAAGGUGAAAAGAAGUGUUAGUCUACUGACUUAUAGGAUGCUUUGUUUGUCUUUCUCUGUAGUACUUAGUGCCUGACAACCAAAGCCAUCCCAUUCCUUCUGGCAUUGUGAGCUGGGAACCCUUGGCCAACAUUUGGCUCAUCUGACUAUUUGUCUAGACCAAGGACUAGCAAACUUUUUUAGUAAAGACAAAGUAAAUAUUUGAGGGUUUGUGUUGUCCAUGUGGUAUCUGUCCCCCCUACCCAGCUGCCCCAUAAUAGCAUAAAUGUAGCCAUGGACAAGAUGUAAACAAAUAAUAAUGAAUGUACGCCAACAGUUAUUAAAAAAAAAAUAGUCACCAAUCUAUGUCUGUACUUUGCCAAGCUCUGGUCUAAACUCUUUUCACUUUGCUAUGCAACUGAUUUUUCUUGUUUCUUGGGCACUGGAUAGCUAAAAAGUAAAACAUUAACACUUCUUGGUUUGUGACAAAUCAGAUACUUGAUAUUUGCAUUAAGAUCAUUUUGCUUAUAUGAGAAAUAAAUGUAUUUGUUUUGAGUUUAUUCUCAGAGUCCAACUGUGUCUCUUUGUAAAGCAGUGGUUCUUUUACAGAUACCACUAAGCAUGCUGGAAGAAUUUCUCCAGUCUCAUGCACCACGUUGAUAAUAACUUUGGGAGCUAUCUCUCAUGCAGUUG